CACACACACACACACACGGUCUAACAGCAGCAGUUACGUCACACAUUGGGAAUGCAGCAGUGAGGAUCUUGCUGCUGCUGCUACAGGCCUCAGGAUCCGCCACAAAAUGAGACUGAAGGGAAGAGGAGAGCCACUGUAAAGGUACUGUAAGAGAAGGCUGCCAUGUCCGGUCCCACCUGGCUUCCACCGAGGACUCUGGAUAGCCCUGAGCGAGCCGUCCCCCAGAUGUCUCACUCUGCUGGGUCAGCGAUCUACAGAGCCCCCAACAAGAAGGGGGCGUCUGACUUCCGGCCAAAAUACGGCCCCUAUGACCAGAACGGAGGAGGAGGAGGGAUGGCCAACAGGUACAUGGCUACAGGACCCACAGGUGGACCCAUUCAUCACUCGUCGAGCGAUCAUUACUACUCCCCUCCCCAUGGUCCCAAAGAAGAACGCAACUGGAGCCCUCACAUGGACAGCUACGAGCUGAUGCAUCGUGGUCCUGAAAAGCCAGUGAGCUAUCACUCCAAAAUCGAUGCUGAGAUUGACUCCCUCACCAGCAUGCUCGCUGACCUGGACAGCCACCCACAGGACUCCAGCACACAACUGUACGACAACGUGCCUUAUAACAAGUACCUCUCAGGGGAUCUCUACAAACCUGCGCACCAGAGCGCACCCCCUCCUCAGGGUCGGCCAUCCAUGGGCUACCCCCCUCAUCCCCAGAGCCAAUACCACCCAGCGCCGCCCUACCCCAACGAGCACCAGUCACCUCAGUACUCCACCUCCCACCAGCAGGACUACUACUCCACGUCAACUCCUAAGCCCUACCCUCAGCCCGUCCCGGCCUCCUACACCACUGCCUCAACUCCCACCGGGCCCAGGUUCAGCGUCCAGGUCAAGACGGCGCAGCCUGUCACCUACUCUCAGACGGGGAGGCAGGCUGAGCAGGCGUACACACCACCCCCUCCUCGCCAGCACGUUUCACGCCCCCCUCCCCAGAGUCAGACAAGUCAACAGGGCUGGUACCCUCCACAUCCCAACUCACAAGCUCAGGAGAUGCACUCUGAGGCGGUGUACAAAGGGAGCAGCUCAGGACCUGGAGGAAGAGUCAACCAGGUUCCACUGUCCAAGAGAGGGAUGGAAAAUAAUCAGACAGGGUCAGGAGCUGCACAGAGUCCUGCUUACCAGUCCAGCAAGCAGAGCAUAGCAACAAGCAGGCCCGAGGAAGAGCUGGAACGACUAACCAAGAAGUUGGUAUAUGAUAUGAACCACCCCCCUGCUGAGGACUAUUUUGGCCGCUGUGCCCGGUGUGGUGACAACGUGGUCGGCGAUGGCAGCGGCUGCAUCGCCAUGGAGCAGGUGUUCCAUGUGGAGUGUUUCACGUGUAUCACCUGCCACGCCCGUCUCCGAGGGCAACCGUUCUACGCCCUCGAGAAGAAGAGUUACUGUGAGAGUUGUUACAUUAGUACAUUAGAGCGCUGUUCAAAGUGCUCCAAGCCCAUCCUGGACCGUAUCCUGCGGGCCAUGGGAAAGGCGUACCACCCUCGCUGUUUCACGUGUGUGGUUUGCAACUGCUGCUUGGACGGGGUGCCCUUCACCGUGGACGCAACCUCUCAGAUACACUGCAUAGAUGACUUCCAUAGGAAGUAUGCUCCUCGCUGCUCAGUUUGCGGAGAGCCCAUCAUGCCUGAACAGGGCCAGGAGGAGACGGUGAGGAUCGUAGCUCUGGACCGCAGCUUCCAUGUUAACUGUUACGUCUGCGAGGAAUGUGGCCUCCUGCUGUCCUCUGAAGGGGAGGGUCGAGGCUGUUACCCGCUGGACGGCCACAUCUUAUGUAAGAGCUGCAGCGCUCGCCGCAUCCAGGACCUCUCGGCCAAAAUCUCCACUGACUGCUAACAAACCUCCAGCGUCCGCUCCACCCUUUCAGCCCUCUCCGUCUCAUGACAGCCAACAUUACACAUGAUUGAUGGCGCAGACAGGAAAUGCCUGCUCAGAGGUGCUUUUCUUUUUCUUGGUUGCUCUGACUAUGAGUUGACAUAACUGUUGCAAUAGUUCCCUCUGGUGGUAUCCAGGUGUAAGUUCAUUUGCAGAGAUGGGACGUGGGGUUCUGAUGGAGCAACCACGUCACUAGUUUCCUUUCAUUCAGAUUUCCUGCUCCAUUUUCUUUCUUUGUUUUGGUACACAGCUCCCCCAUUUGUCACCUUUAGUUCCUUGUUAGUAUGACAGUGGCCUGACCUGCAGGCAGCUUGGGCUCCACUCACCACGUAUCGGUACGGCUCAACUAUUAGCUCACACAUUAUCAUCACUGUCAAAGACAAUUAAAGGAAUACUUCACCCCCCAAAUGAUCAUCUUUACAUCAGUUUCUCGUCCUGUGUUACGCUGGAUUCUUGAAGAAAGCAACAAAAAAUUAUGAGACUGAGAAAAGCUAUAUCAUAAAAUCUGUUCACAAACUCUCACACAACUCGUGCAGAAUAAUCCAAGUCUCAGUUAUCCAGUUGUACGCUCAAUGCUUCCCAAACAGACGGCCCUUUUUAACAGGAGCUUAAAGCAAAACUUAUCUAUGCUCUCUUCAAAGCCAGACUCCAUUGACAAAAACAGUAAUUUUACAGUUUCCUCCGAGCAGUACAGUUCAGUUGGGUACGCUUUUGCUCCAUUCCCACUGUGAAAAGUUGUGGAUGGUAUCAAUGGAACCGUUCCUUACCGUCCCCAUGUUUGGUCCCCCCUCUGUUGGGGUACCUAGCACACAGAUCUGGUACUAAAAGGUGGAGCUGUGAACACUGCAGUCUGAUUGGUCAGUAGAGGACGGUCACUCUGCUCAGGGCUGAGUUGUGUCUGGUUUUGAGGCUCAUGUAACCACUGUUCAUACUGUGGAGAGUUUUAUUAGUAAACUGUAACUAUAAAAUGAAAGGAUGUUUUGCUGCCUCUCACAGCAGCUGGAGUCUGAGAAAAAUAAUUCACUGGGCCGACUGCCGGCGACUUUUAAGGUGGAACGUUAACUUGUAAUGUUACUCAAUGCAUGAGUUUUUGGAUUCUUUGUUCACCAUGGAGGUAUGUGAGAAAAAUCAAGUUUCUAUACAAAUCCAGCUCAACACGGGGUGACAAAUUGAUCUACACAUGGUCAUUUUGGGGCUGAACAAGUAUGGAAGGAUGUCAUAGAUUUAGACUCUGCAGAGAAGCAGCCUAAAUAUUAAUUAGACUUGUCUAAACCUGUCUAAACGACGGGACCUGUACAUUUGUAAAACACUAAACGUCAAAGUGCAGAACUGCCUCAGAACAAGCAUAUUAAAAGCACAUAAUGCAACAGCUGUGACUGUACAUACCAGGCUGGUUUGGUCUGACAAUGAAACUGUUGCUAACUGUUUGGGAAAGCAUGUAGCCUUCAGUGCAGUGAACCUUUGCAGAGACGUAGCCUCAUAGCAGGAGAAAUGUAGACCACAGGAAUGUGUAGUUACACCCCAGACGUUAUUUUAUUUUCCUUUUAGUCUUCAUUAAAUGCUAGUACAAUAUUUGCUAGAACAAAUCUCUCCUACAUGUCAAACACAUCACAGUAUCAUGUUGUUUAGUUAUUAAAUCAAAGCUCAUAACAGGAUCGCUGCCAUUUUUUUUUUUUAAAUCAUCCAGAAUAACAUUUUUGAAUGUCUGUACGAAACACAAUCUUGCUUUUGUUUGUUUAACGUGUUGUUGGUUGAUACUUGACUGUUACAUUGAAGAUGACGGUGCAAUGAAGUCAAAGGAAAACAGGGUGUUGGUCACUGACGUGGCUUGAAAACAUUCUGGUGUGAAGUUUGAGCCUCGUGAAGAGUUUGUACGUUAACAUACAUUUAGAGGAAAGAAUGAAAUUAGGAUUAGACUCAAUUUAAAUUCAAAUACUUGGAAUUUAUUUUGAUGUAUUUUUCCCUUGUGAUGUUGGAACACAACUCUGCGCUUGCGGAUUUGGUUUUAGUUCAUUCUUGCACUCACGUGGGCCGAGUUAACGCUUUGGAGCUACAGUAUUGUUAUGAUUGUGUUUAACCUCUGUCUUUCCGUCCUGAUUUUUGUAUUUGUGUAACUUUAAAGGGCUAGAAAUUUGAAAGCCUUAUCUCAAGGAUGUCAUUCAGUUUCAUAAUAAUCCUCUUUUGAAACUGCGAUUGUCUGUGAAUUCUGCUUUUUUUUCUCGUUCGGAUCAUGCGAUAACGGUUCAGAGUUGCAUAUUUCAUCUCUUGUUAAUUUAUCUCAUGACAAAUAUGAUGUAUAUACUGCGGUCUUUGGAAGACUAUUGGGGCCAGGCAUAAGAGGAAAAUUGAGAGGGCGGAGAUUCUUUUAAAAUUUUGCAUUCUAGAAUAAAGUUGAAAUGUUGAGAAUAAUGUUGAGAAAUAAUGUCAAAUAUUAAGUCUUAGUGCCAGGCAUAAGGGAAUAAAAAUCAGGAAGAAGAUUCAGGAGUUUAAAAAAAAAAAAAAAAUCAAAAUGUCAAGAAUAAUAAUGUUGAAAAUAAUGUAGAACUUUCAGUACAGGCAUAAGUCGGGCAAAAAGCCACCACUUUUCUGUCAAAGUCAGGCAUAAGAAUAUUUAUAUAACGGAAGAAAGAUUUUUUUUUUGCAUUUUAAUAAUAAAGUCAAAAUGUUAAGAAUUAUAGUCGAAGUAUUGUGAGUAAACCUGGAAUAUCAGUUCGAGAAUAAAGUCAAAGCGUUGAAAAUAAAGUUUAAAUGUCUAGAGUAAAAUAUCAAUUCUAGAAUAAAGUUUAAAUGACGAGAAUAAAGUCGAAUGGUCUAGAAAAAAGUUGGAAAAUCAUUUUUAGGAUAAAGUCGAAAUAAGAAAAUAAAAAUAAUUUAAAAAAAAAGUCGAGAAAGUCAAUGCGAGAAUAAAAUCAAAGUGUUUAGAAUGAAGUUUAAAUGAUGAGAAUAAAGUCAAAAUGUUUUGAAUAAAGUUGAAAUAUUUUCAGAAUAAAUUAGAAAUGUUUUGAAUAAAGUUGAAAUGACAAGAAUAAAGUCUAAAUGUCGAGAAUAAAGUUUAAAUGACGAGAAUAAAGUCUAAAUGUCAAGAAUAAAGUCUAAAUGUCGAAUAAAGUCUAAACAACGAGAAUAAAAUGUCAAAGUUGCAAAUAAAAUCUAAAUGUGGAGAAUAAAGUCUAAAUGUCAAGAAUAAAGUUUAAAUGAUGAGAAUAAAGUCUAAAUGUCAAGAAUAAAGUCUAAAUGUCGAAUAAAGUCUGAACAACGAGAAUAAAAUGUCAAAGUUGCAAAUAAAAUCUAAAUGUGGAGAAUUAAGUCUAAAUGUCGCGAAUAAAAUCUAAAUGUGGAGAAUAAAGUCUAAAUGUCAAGAAUAAAGUCUAAAUGACAAGAAUAAAGUCUAAACAACGAGAAUAAAAUGUCCAAAUGUUGCGAAUAAAAUCUUAAUGUGGAGAAUAAAGUCUAAAUGUCAAGAAUAAAGUUUAAAUGAUGAGAAUAAAGUCUAAAUGUCAAGAAUAUAGUCUAAAUGUUGCAAAUAAAAUCUAAAUGUCGAGAAUAAAGUCUAAAUGUCAAGAGUGAAGUCUAAAUGACGUAAAUAAAGUUUAAAUGUUGACAAUUAAGUUUAAACGUUAAGAAUAAAGUCUAAACGCAGAGAACAAACUCUCAAGACUAAAGUCAAACUCUUGAGAAUAAAUCAAACUACCAGUGCAUAAGGCUGCCUCUACAAAAUGCCCGGUGUAGAAACCAGACACCUUCAAGAAUUGGUUGCAUUCGUGCAAACUGAAACAGCUGGUAAUGGACAAAUGGAUGUUAUUUAAUGUUACACCUGCGUGCACUACAGAGAGAAAAUGUUCUGUCAUCUUCUUCCUCUCACGCCUGGCCCUGAUACUCCUCUGUAGUAUUCAUCUGCUUCUUAUCACCAACAUUAUCUUUUCAUUCAUGCUCAGAUGUGUCAUUUUAAAAUCCUCACCCAUGCCAACUCGUGUGUCAUACUCCUCCAAUCACAUAGAUUUUGUUAGCGUCGAUCAUCCUCACCGUGUGUGUUCAGUUUGAAAUGCUGUGAACUGGAGCUUGUAGAUGAGAGCCCGUGGUACUGCAGCAGACCUCUGUCUGCUGAUGAACUCACACUGAGACAAAGAAGAAGAAGGAGGCCAUUUUGUACCGAGGUAGCUACAUUAACGGGAGAGCAUGUGAACAACAUGGGUGGAUUUUCUCCUAAUACAGGUUGUAGUAACAUUAUUGAUUAUUAAAAUGUCAACAAGUCA